GCGUCUCCCGUGUGUGUGUGUGUGUGGAUUCUGUUUGCUUACAGUUCAUUUGUUGUCAAACUGUGUGUGUCAUUUGAAAAACAAGGAACUUUCAAAUCGCCAUGGAUUAUUAAUAAUACUGCACCAUCAUCAUGUCCGACACCACCAACGUCUCCAUCCCAGCAGUGGACUUCAAUAUCACGGAUCUACACAGGACACUAGAGGCUCACCGCCCCAUUAAAAUCGGCAUCAUCUCUGUUUUGGGAGUGAUGAUAACUUUGGGAAACAUUGCAGUGGUGAUGGUCAUAGCUUCAGCGGUGUCGGGAUGGUCCAGAAACUCCCGGUAUUUUCUCUUAUCGUUAACGGGAGCGGACUCCGCGUUCGCGCUGCUUAUAAUGCCGCUCAAUCUGUGCGUGAGUCUUAUAAAGGAGUAUAACGCGGGCCCGGACCCCUUCUGUCACAUCGUGGCGUUUUUCAACGCAACCAUUUACUCCACCUGCAUGUACACGCUUGCGACCAUAAGCCUGGAAAGAUACAUAGCAGUGUUUUACCCCCUGAAAUACUCAGUCUUGCUGACCAGGAGAAGAGCAUUGCUUUUAAUCUCAUUCUCGUGGGUUUUCCCCCCAGUGCUCCUGUUCCCCAUCUCUUUCCCUGCGGGCAUCAUUGAAGUGCACUUCUCCAGAGCCUCGCUAGUGUGCAACCCGCUGUAUUCCAGCAAUGUCAGCUAUUCUCUCACUCUUACCUGCUUCAUCUUCUUCCCCUGCUCGGCCAUCAUGACUUUCUGUAACCUCAGGCUUUGGGUAGCUGCCAAGAGGCAGAGGUCAAAGUUGAGGAGACACAGCUGGGGUGGUGGAUACAGGCCUAAAGUCGCCUUGAGGGUCCUGGUGCCGGUCAUGACUGUGUACUACACCUGCUGGACGCCCUGCAUGGUCAUCAUGUUGUACAAUGCGAUUUCAGGCAGUGCUGUCCCCGAAUGGAUCGAGUUUAUUGCUGUGUGGUUGCCAACCUCCAACGGAUUCCUCAACUGUAUCUUCUACUUCUGGAUCAACCAUAGCUUUCGAAAGAAGUUCCACGUGGUUCUUCAGAAACUAUGUCUGAAACUCGGGCUUUGUCCAAGUUCUGACACUGAUUCAUGCUGCGUGAACUCAAUCAAUUCCUCUGUGAUUCCUGGAUGGAGCAGUAACUACUCUCUCCACGAGCGGUUUUCUAGCGUGUCGUCCACCUGCACCCUGCUGACGCUCAAACCUCAAACCAGCAUACGUGAACCAGACCCAGCUUGAGUAUCCUUUUUAUUGUUGCGAUCUGGAGUUUUAAAAAGAUCUGGUUGACGUUGUGAGUGCUACUGAGGCUAUACCGAUUUAUAUAUCCUUUUAAUCUCAAGUUAAGAUUCGGAAACACUCAUGACCAUAACUUCAAACUCUUUUAGUGUAAUGGCUAUUUGUGCCUUUUUACUUCUUAAUGGCACCUUCUCGGCUUUAUUGAAGACUUGUUUUUUAACUGAAAUGGCUUUGCGUUGCUGUUUCAGGUUAAACACAUGAGCCUUUGAACUAUUUGCACACAUUUCCUUAUCUAUUCAUAAACCCAGUAUCAAGCAGCUGUGAAGUUUAACCUUUAAAUAUACCUCAGUUAUGCGGGUUAUGCAGAUGGGGAAGUAAUUAGCCAGGUACGUAAUGUAAAGGUCAGAUCAAAAAUGCCUUUUGGCUUUAACCUUUUCUGUUUCUUGACAUUUCCAUUGCAUCUCUGAAGCAAACAUUCUUUUUUAUGUUGAACUAAGUAGGCUGUUUGGUCACUGUCUUGAAGAGAGGAGUACUGUAUGACCAACAUUA